AAAAUUGAAAUCUUAUAGUAACAAUAAAUCUUGCUUUAAAAGAUACGUUUUAUGAUUGAAUUGAUGGUAUGAUUCAUUCACGAAAUGUUAGAUUUGACUAAAAAUUAUAAUAAAUUAUCUCCAAAUUAUGUAUAACAUUUUUUUUCAUUAAUUUAUAUCCCAAUUUCUUGAAUUAUCUCACAAUCACCAAGGCUCUACUAGAACAUUCUCAAUUCAACCUACUGAUUUCAAUGAAAACAAAGACAAAUUUAAUAAAAUACAAUAUAAUCUUGGCUGUCACCUUGCGUAUGCCCAAAGCAGGGCCUAAAAGUUCGUAAAACGUUGAGAACUUUGCAGGAUGUUGAUCAACUACCCUGCAUCGAACGGUACAUUUACAAAAGGGGGUCAAACCAAAUGCAAACUCCAUAUAAACAUAAGGUUACAAGUUUUACCAAGUGGGAUUAAUUCUAUUUGCUGCUCUGAUAAGCUAACAGGAAAGUACUUACUUAUAUACCUACCAAUUCGGUUGGGACAUAAACAACAUUUGUAACGGCUUCAAUUCUGGAAUAAGAUAGCCAGGAGGCCAUGGCCAGUGCGAAAUCUUGGAGUCUUGCCUUGGUUCUUUUGUGCAUCAGUUUGAGCUAUUUGGUUAAUGCUGCUGGUGAUAAUAAUGGCAGCAUUGGAGCUUCUUUCAUCUUUGGUGAUUCUCUUGUGGAUGCUGGUAAUAAUAACUAUUUACAAACCUUGUCUAAGGCAAAUAUACCACCAAAUGGAAUUGAUUUUAAAGCAUCAGGUGGAAACCCUACUGGCCGCUAUACCAAUGGCAGAACCAUAGGUGAUAUUAUAGGAGAAGAAUUGGGAGUACCAAACUAUGCAGUUCCAUAUCUUGCUCCAAAUUCUACAGGAAAAGCUAUACUGUAUGGUGUAAAUUAUGCAUCUGGAGGAGGAGGGAUUAUGAAUGCAACAGGAAGAAUAUUUGUUAAUAGGCUGGGAUUGGAUAUCCAAAUCGACUUCUUCAAUAAUACAAGGAAACAGUUUGAUCAAUUGUUGGGUCCAUCCAAGGCCAAAGAUUAUAUUACUAGAAGAUCCAUUUUCUCUGUUACAAUUGGAGCAAAUGAUUUUCUCAACAAUUAUCUUCUCCCGGUUCUGUCCAUAGCAACAAGGAUUUCUGAGAGCCCAGAUGCUUUCAUCGAUGACAUGAUUAAUAACUUAAGGAACCAAUUAACAAGACUUUACCAGCUAGAUGCUCGGAAAUUUGUCUUGGGUAAUGUUGGUCCGAUAGGCUGCGUACCUUAUCAGAAAACCAUCAACCAAUUGAAUGAAAACGAAUGUGUUGAUUUGGCGAAUAAGCUCGCAACGCAGUACAAUGUCCGAUUAAAGGACUUGCAGACUGAACUGACUGGAAAACUCCCUGGUGCUACAUUUGUUUAUGCCAAUGUGUAUGACCUAGUGAUGGAGCUCAUCACAAAUUAUGAGAAAUAUGGUUUUACAACGGCAAGCAAAGCUUGUUGCGGAAAUGGAGGCCAAUUUGCAGGGAUAAUUCCUUGUGGACCGACAUCAAGCAUGUGCCAGGAUCGUGACAAGCAUGUUUUCUGGGAUCCUUACCACCCAAGUGAGGCUGCUAAUCUUAUAAUUGCUAGGCAACUUCUCUAUGGAAGUACAAGAUAUAUUUCUCCAGUGAAUCUUAAACAGCUUCGUAGUCUCUAG